AUGGCAUGUGCAGGUGCAGCAGAUACCAAUUCUUCUUCAGCUGGAGAGUUCAAUGUCAUGCAAUAUGGUGCCAUUGCUGAUGGCGCCACGGACAACAGCGAGGCUUUUGAUGCGGCUUGGAAGGCAGCAUGCGAGUGGAAAGGGCCGUCACGCCUUGUGAUCCCUGAGGGAACAUUCCUCGUUGGUCCAGUCCUUUUCAAGGGUCCGUGCCCAAGUGCCUCUCCCAUGGUCGUACAAGUGAAGGGAAAAGUGAAGGCCUCCACAGAGAUGAGCAAAUACCCUUCCGAUGACUGGAUCGUGUUCCAGUAUGUAGAUGGCCUCGUGGUAACUGGGGGCGGGACAUUUGAUGGCCAGGGAGCAUCCGCAUGGAGCCUCAACGAGUGUCCUAAGAAGGCCCAUUGCAAGCUCCUCCCAACGUCAUUAAAAUUCAGUUCCAUUACAAAUGGGGAGAUAAGGGGCAUAAGUUCAGUGGAUAGCAAGCUCUUUCACAUCCUAUUGUUUCGCUGCAAAAACAUGAAAGUCCAGUCCAUCGAUAUCUCAGCACCAGGUGACAGCCCCAACACUGAUGGAAUCCAUAUCAGCUCUUCAUCUAAUAUCUCGAUAUCUCAAACUCGCAUUGGAACUGGUGACGAUUGCAUCUCCAUUGGUCCUGGCACCACCCAAGUAACCAUGAGCAAUGUGUUUUGUGGGCCAGGACAUGGCAUUAGUGUUGGAAGCUUGGGCAAGUUCCCCAAGGAGGAGGAUGUGCAAGGGAUACAUGUGGAGAAUUGUACCAUCUCAGAUACCACCAAUGGUUUGAGGAUCAAGACUUGGGCAGACUCAGCCAGCAGCUCUGCCUCCGGUUUCGCGUAUGAAGAUAUUGUGAUGAACAAUGUGGCCAACCCCAUCAUCAUAGAUCAACAAUAUUGCCCAUACUCUUCUUGCCCACAGAAGGGUCCUUCUCGACUUAAGAUCAGUGAUAUAAGUUUCAAGAACAUUAGAGGAACCACUUCUUCAAAAGGUGCAGUGAAUCUCUUGUGCAGUGAGGCUUUCCCAUGCCAAAAUGUCAAGCUCGAUGAUAUAAAAUUGGAGUACAACAAACAGGGGGAAACUUCGACCGCCUCAUGUACCAAUGUGAAGGGGGUCUCUGCUGGAGUACAAAUGCCACCAACUUGCCUCUAG